GCAUACAAUCAUCGAAUUUCUGCGCACUGCUUCAUAACCUAAAAAUGGCUGCGAUACACAAACUUAUUCAGUUCACGCAAAGAGCAAAAUUCAUUAAGAAAUGUUACGUGAACGAGAUUGGAAAUCUACGAUCAUUUUGCACGAUGGUGCAGCAGCCGCAGAAGGCACAAAACUUAACGAGGAUCGGUUUGAUCGGUGCAGCUACCGGCAUCGUCGUCGGCGGAGGUUAUGCCUACUACAAGAUCAGCGAAGCUCGUAAAAACGUCUCUUUGGAAGGAAAGCAGGCGGAAAUGGUGCUGCUGAAGCACAAACCACCUCUGACUCCGUCCAGAAAAAUUGUAUAUCCAGUGGACACAACUGGCUUGAAACUUACGUUAUUUCAGUAUCAAACAUGCCCAUUUUGCUGUAAGGUUAGAGUUUUCCUAGAUUACUAUGGGAUAUCCUACGACGUCGUGGAGGUAGAUCCAGUGCUUCGUAAGGAGAUUGGAUGGUCUUCUUAUAAAAAGGUUCCAAUUCUCUUGACUCGAGUCGAAGAAGAGUAUCGACCUUUGAACGACAGCACCAUGAUAAUAUCGCUUCUUGCGUCGUACUUGCGUGACUCGUCGUACAAGAUUGAAGAAUUGGCUGAAUAUUACCCAAGUGUAGGAAUACACGAUGACAAGGGCAAAUUCAAAUACGAAAUCAUAAAUAAGUACUUUCUGAUGAACAAACAAUUUCCAAAAGACAGGACGAUGGAUAAUCUAAAUGAGGAACGUUACUGGCGAAAAUGGGCGGACGAGACGUUCGUCCACAUGCUUUCACCAAAUGUAUAUAGAACACUCGACGAAUCCUACAGAACCUUCAAUUGGUUCUCGGAGGUUGGCAAAUGGGACGAGUACUUCCCACUGUGGGAACGAUUGUUGAUAGUGAACGUGGGCGCAAUGGCCAUGUGGCUGAUAGGAAAGAGGCUCAAGAAGAGGCACCGUCUAAAGGACGACGUCCGGCAGUCGCUGUACGACGAAGCGAAUAACUGGCUGCGCGCUAUUCGCGUACGCGGUACCACGUUCAUGGGCGGCAGCAAGCCCGACCUGUCCGAUCUUGCGAUGUACGGCAUUCUGAAGAGUAUCGAAGGCUGCGACGCUUUCCAGGACUUGUUAAAUCAUACCAAGAUUAGCGUUUGGUACGACGCUGUGAAGGAGCAAGUCGAUGCACAUUCUGGUAGCGCGAAUUUCGGUAGAUAAUAUAUUAAUAAUAAUAACAAUUGCCGCGUACAUAGAGUUAUUUAUUUACGUAUUAACUGAUAUAAUGACGUGAUUAAAUGAUAUAUCAGUA